AUGUCCAUGGGCACUAAGAUGGGCUACGAAGAGGCGACGGCGGUGAAUGCCGAGUCCGGGACGGUGCUGGUGGUCGGCGUGCCGGCCGGGUCGGUGGUGGGGGUGGACGGGGUGGGAUGGAGAGUCACCGAGGCAUUCGCUGGCAUCAAGAUGCUGCCGCUGGACAUGCUGCACUUUGUCACUUUUGCUGCGGCGGACAGUCACGGCUCGGAUGCCAUGCCAACCGGGUUCUGGAUGUCAUUCGAGGAGGCGCUGGCGCCCGACGAGGGCCGGCCGGGCGCCAAGGCCGUCGCUGUCUACCGCUACGAACCCAAGUCCGAGAUCCUCGUCCCGCAUCCAGACCCGGUCCAGGCAUACCGGCUUGCGCUUGGUGUCCAGAGCUUCGACUUUGACGCCCGGCUGCAGCCGUUCCCGCCAUCGGCCGUCGACGGAUGGCGCGCGCUGAGCGCGCCGCUCACCCGCGGCCUUGUCGCCGCCCUCAUGCCGGCAUCAGGCGUCCUCUCGGGUGCAGGCAUGCCGCUCUCCGAGGCCGAGGCCGAAAUGUUGGGAAAGAGCGAGCAGGUCCAGGAUGAGAACGGGGGCGAGAGCGGAAGCGAGGACUUGCCGCGGCUAGCCAAGUUUGAGCGCAAGGCGUUUCUGGCCCAGGUGACUGGGGCGAGCCGGUCUGCGGUCGGGCACGACAACUCGCCGAUGCUGCGCGCUGUGGCACGAAAGCGGCCGCGCGGCGUGCUAGACGUUGUUGGCGAGUUUGCCUUUGCCUUUCUGGGUGUUUUUCUCGUCUCGUCGGGCGCGUGCUUUGUCGGCUGGCGUGCGCGGUUCGAGGCUUUUGCCGCCGCCCGUCACAUCUGGGCCGACGAGCCGACCACGUUCGAAGUCCUUCUGGAUCUGGUCGUUGCCCAGCUUGACCUCAUGAGUAACGAGCUUUUUGCUGACCUGCUCAUCGAGGACGCGACGUCGAACGCGGUCCGGACCUGGGUCGGCAGCCUCGCCCGCACCGCCGCCGAGCUCGAUCUCGUCGGGCAAGCCCGCGAGCUUGCCGACGCCGCCCGCGACCGAUUUGGAUGGGAGCUCGAGCUCGAGGGCGAGCAACGAGCGCUCGAUCGGGUCGUCGGCGGCCUCGCCGCCACAGCGCUUGACGACGCCGCCGCCAUUCAGGCCGCGCUCUGCGCUGAGUUUGGCGACGAUGCCCCGACGGUGGUCUUGCCUAUCGCCGAUGACAUGCAGACCGAGAGCAGCCAUGCCAGGACUGCCAGCGCAGCCGCCGGCCCGCGGCCCCAUCGCGCGAGCAAGCCCGGGUGGAGCGCAACAAAGGCGAGCGAUGCAGCCUCGAUCAGCGCCAGCGCAGUCCGCGACAUGUGGGUGUGA